AUGAAGGGAAGGUGCGUAGAGGAUGUGGGAACGGAAGUGAUGGAAAUGGUGGUUGCUUUGGGGAUUGGAUCGAGACUGCCGAAGGCGAGGGUUCACGAAAAGCGUGUGAAGUAUGUGAAAGAGGUGAAGUAUUUGGGUAUAAGAGUUAGUGAGUGUAUGAAUUUUAGGCCGCAAGUCGAGAGUCUGAAAGGUACAGCAAACUGUGCUAAUAUCUUGGGGGUGUUCAUGUACCCUUCCAUCAGUCACCAAAUGGUCUACCACAACAUCAUGCAAGAACUAUCCUUACGGGGUCACCACGUCACCGUUGUAACACCUGACCCCGUGAACAACCCCGCUUUUACAAACCUCACAGAAAUCGACAUUCACUGUGCGUAUGACCUUUUGGAAGAGAAAAAUGUCCAAAAAUUGUUUUUCAAAGACUUGACUUUCUACGACAUAACGCGAAAUUUUUUCCAACUUUUGGAAAUCAUUGCAGACAGAGAAUUAAGCAGUCCUUCAUUUAAAAAAUUGCUUGGGGAUCAUAAUAGGACAUUCGAUUUGAUUCUCGUCGAACUAAUGCAUCCAGUUAUGUACGCAUUAUCUGGAAAAUUUAAGGCACCAGUGAUUGGACUCAUGUCGAUGAACAUCUUCAACACCCAGUAUGAUGCUGUUGGUAAUGUGAAUCAUCCAGUUUUGUACCCUGAUUUUGUCAUAAACCUUCCGGCUGGAAACAUGAUGCUGUGGGAAAAAGUUCAAAGUUUGGCGUUUUUUGUGUGGAAUCGUUACUACUACCAGAAUGUGGUUCUGGUGAAGGCUGAUAAGCUCGUGAAGAAGUAUUUCGGGGAUUUAGCUUACAUUUCCGAGUACGAGAACAGUGUCAGCAUGUCUUUGCUUAACAGACAUCACCAAAUACAAAGUUUGAGACCAAACGUACCUGCAGUGGUUGAAAUUUUACCUUUGGAGUACCACUCACCUAAACCUUUACCAAACGAUUUGCAAAGAAUUUUAGAUGACGCUAAAACCGGUGUGGUUUAUUUUAGUUUAGGCACCAACGUGAGAAUGUCCCGUUUGGAACCACAAAUUCGAGAGAAUAUUUUACAAGCUCUGGCCGAACUUCCUUAUCAAGUUUUACUCAAAUGUGAUGUUGAUUUACCUAAACUACCCACUAAUGUGGUUAUUAGAAACUGGUUUCCGCAGAAAGACCUUCUAGCGCAUAAUAAUGUUAAGGUUUUUGUGACACAUGGAGGGUUGCAUUCGCUUGAAGAAGCCGUUUCUAGCCAGAUCCCCAUUGUUGGAAUACCGUUUUAUGCUGAUCAACCCGAAAAUGUUCGCAAGUUUGUGGCUUUAGGGAUAGGUGAACAAAUCAAUCCGACUUCUAUAACUGCAACAGAGCUAAAAGAAGUUAUUGUGAAAGUAGCUGGAUCUAAGAUGUAUAAGGACAACAUCAGGAAAGUAAGUGGGGUCGUUUCUGAUAAACCACGAAGUGGAUUAGAAGAUGUGAUUUGGUGGUCCGAGUACGUGAUUAAACAUGGGGGUGCCAAGCACUUGAAAAGUUCAUCCGUUCAUAUGUCCUGGGUUACGUAUUUUUUCUUAGAUGUUAUAGCGAUAACGAUUGCUAUAGUAGCAGUUUCGAUGAUUUGUGAUUUAUUAAAACAACGUGAUUACAUUCAGUACGCCAUGUUAGUUUCUUGUUUGCUUCUGCAACCCGUAAUGCUUUUGGUAGCAAAAUUGUGGAUUUCGAACGAAUUGAAUGGCAUAUUAUCAGCAAUUAAUUUAUCAGGUAUUCCAUGUGUCGCAAAAAUUUCUUUGAGUGCUUUAAUAACAGAGUCUGAAUUUUUGUUUGCAUAUUCCAGAAUAUCACAACCUACUAUUUCAAACGGAAGUGAAGGAAUUUCGUGA